CACAUGGCGGCGUUCCUCCAGAGGCUUCCGCGGGCCGGGCCUCGCGCGGCGGCCCUAGGCCACCGCGUGGGACGGCGGGACGCCAGUCUGGGCCCAGAUCCCGGGGCCACGGUGCGAGUUCGCUUCGCUCCCAGCCCCACAGGCUUCUUGCACCUCGGUGGCCUCCGUACCGCUCUCUACAACUACAUCUUUGCCAAGAAGCACCGAGGGAGCUUCAUUCUGAGACUGGAGGACACUGAUCAGAGCCGACUGGUACCAAGGGCAGCAGAGAACAUUGAGGACAUGCUGGAGUGGGCAGGCAUCCCACCUGACGAAAGUCCCCGUCGGGGUGGUCCUGCUGGGCCCUACACUCAGUCCCAGCGGCUGGCACUGUAUGCCCAGGCCACAGAAGCAUUGCUGAAGUCUGGAGCUGCCUAUCCGUGUUUCUGUUCACCACAGCGGCUGGAGCUCCUGAAGAAGGAAGCCUUGAGGAGCCGGCAGACACCCCGGUAUGACAAUCGGUGCCGGAGCCUGAGCCAGGCACAGGUGGCCCAGAAGCUGGCCAUGGACCCCAAGCCUGCUAUCCGCUUCCGCCUGGAGGAGGCAGCACCAGCCUUCCAGGACCUUGUAUAUGGUUGGACUCAACAUGAAGUGGCCAGUGUGGAGGGGGAUCCAGUUAUCCUGAAGAGUGAUGGCUUCCCCACCUACCACCUAGCCUGUGUGGUGGAUGACCACCACAUGAGCAUCAGCCAUGUGCUGAGGGGCUCUGAGUGGCUCGUCUCCACCUCAAAGCACCUGCUUCUCUACCAGGCCCUGGGCUGGCAACCGCCUCAAUUUGCUCAUCUGCCCCUGCUCCUCAACAGGGAUGGUAGCAAGCUGUCUAAGAGGCAGGGGGACAUUUUCCUGGAACAUUUUGCUGCCUCUGGUUUUCUGCCUGAAGCCUUGCUUGACAUCAUCACCAACUGUGGCUCGGGGUUUGCAGAGAACCAAAUGGGCAGGACCCUGCCGGAGCUGAUAACACAGUUUGACCUGACCCGGAUCACCUGCCACUCAGCUCUGUUGGACCUGGAGAAGCUCCCAGAAUUCAAUAGACUGCACCUCCAACGGCUGGUGAGCAGUGAGACCCGAAGACCUCAGUUGGUGAAGAAGCUGCAGGCCCUGGUGAAGGAGGCAUUCGGGAGCCAACUGCAAGACAAGGACGUUCUGGACCCAGCAUAUGUGGAGAGGAUCAUCCUGCUGCGACAGGGCCACAUCAGCCGUCUGCAGGAUCUGGUCUCCCCAGUGUACUCCUACUUAUGGACUCGUCCUGCCGUCCAUCGAGCACAACUGGGUGUUGACUCAGAAAAGGUGGAUGUGAUUGUCAAACGCUUGCUGGGAGUUUUAGAAACAUCUGGUUUGAGCCUAACUCAGGAUGUGGUGAACAGAGAACUGAAGAAGCUUUCAGAAGGCCUAGAAGGUACCAAGUACAGCAGCGUGAUGAAGCUCCUCCGAAUGACCCUCAGUGGACAGAUGCAAGGACCUCCUGUGGCUGAGAUGAUGGUGUCUUUGGGCGCAAAGGAAGUACAGGAGCGAAUCCAGAAGGUGCUUUCUAGCUAAGGAGAAGAUGAAUAGGAAUAAGGCAGCUCUGAAGGCCUCUACACAUGGAAACUGCAUUCUGAGGAGAUCAGGAGGCCUACAGCCCAUUUGGAGACUUUCAGGAUCAACAGUAAGAGAAACAGACUCUCUGAAUACCCUCAUCAGCUGGCCUUCGGGGAAGCCCAGCCUGCUUCACCUCACUGAUUCUGGAAAGGAUGAACUUGAACUCAUACCUUUUUUUUUUUUUUUUUUAACCUAUUUUGUUUUUGUUUUCUGAGAUAGGGUUUCUCUGUGUAAGGGUCCUAACUGUUCUGGAACUCACUCUGUAGACCAGGUUGGCCUCAAACUCAGAGAUCUGCUUGCCUCUGCCUCCCAAGUGCCGGGAGUAAAGGUGUGUGCCACUACUGCCUGGUUCUUUUCUAUUUUUAAUGUGUUUGGAUAGUUUGUCUCCAUGUUUGCCUGUGUAUCACUUGCAUACGUCCAGUGAUUCUUGGAAAGGCAAGGAGAACAUAGAUUGCCUAGAAAUAGAGUUUCAGAGGGUUUUGAGCUACCAUUUGGGUACUUAGAAUUAAACCCAGGUCUUCUGGAGGGGCAGCCAGUGUUUAAUCACUGAGCCAUCUCUCCAGCCCCUUGUGUUGAUUUUCGUGCCAUAUUCUACAGCAGAUAUUAGGAGCUAGUUUACAGAAAAGAUCAACAUUCCAAAUCAGUCCAGAGGACUGAGGUCUUGGUUCAUUAGGCUGCAUAAUAAAAUAUCACAGAAUAUAGUGACUUAAACAAAAACUAUUGAUUUGUUUAAUGUCCUAGAGACUGGAAGUACAAGGUAAGUGUCAUAGGGUCAGUUUCUUGAGGGCACCUCUCCUGAAUUGCAGUGUCCUCCCAGGGUCUUUCCUUUGUGCACAUUUAUCCCUGUUUCCUUUCGGUGUAUCCUAGUGUUUCUCAAGGGCACCAGUCAGGCCAAAUGCUACUCACUCUCACAGCCUCAUUUUCGCCUAAAUAACACCCCUUUAAAGUUUGACAUCGUAUGAUACUGAAGCUUAGGAUUUCUAUAAUUGGAAUAGUAGGCAGGGCGCAGUUUAGUCCACAAUAGUUCAGUGCUAGUUUGGACCCAUGGGCCCCAAUUCUCAGGCCCCUUCUGAAGGUAGAGCCAUAAUGGACACAAGCAGGACCAAAUAGACAUCAGACUUUCCUUUCAA